CACUAAUCGAUUACAAAUCACUAGCACUCAGCCUUUUUCAACAUCCCUCGCUUGAGUUUCAUUCAUGUCUCGAUCAACACAUUCUACUUUCAGCAAAGUCCCCAUAACGAACUGCUAGAGAACGCCUACGAGCUUGACAUCAAUCUCAUUAAUUUGAUGAUAAGGAUUGGCCGACGUGGAGAAAUAACGUAGCCGAUGGAGCGGCCAGCUGCCCUGCAUUUCAUCAACACUACCCAUCCGGGGGAUGCCACCACCUCAAGCAGCUUGAGUCAGAUUCGAUCACAUGCAGCCAAAGAAAUACGUUUACGUGCACGCAGGUUACGCAAAACCGCUCCGCCACAGGGCAAAAAAAGCGAUAACAAGAGGACCAGGCAGCCACAACGGAAUGUCGACGGUAAACGAGGCGACACACCGGUCCGCUCAACUAAGAUUACAUCUAGUAAUGGCCAGGAGGAUGUCGAAGAACCCACAUCUACAGUCACCACGAUGCCACUUUCUCGCCCACAACAGGCCAUUGGUCUCUCUCCUGUAGUCCCAUGUGGGGACUUCUCUGACAAGGAAGGCUUCCUCUUUCUUCACUAUAUCAAUUACAUCAUACCUUUCAGCAAUGGCAGCUGCCACAGAAACAAGGAAAGUUCCAAUCGAUGGCUUAUCAACAUGCAGCUGAAACACUGGAUUCCAUUGGCUCUUUCGGACCGUGGCCUCAUGGCCGCGUUGUUUCUACAGUCUUGUCAGAGUCUAGGAGCAUUAAAUCCAUGUCAGAAUUAUGCAGAUAUGUCAACCAAGUACCGACUGCAGUGUAUCCAGUCAACAAAUGCCUCAUUAGCCACCAGGGAUAGGCAGAUGAGCGAUGCCACUAUCGCCAAGGUCAUGAUAAUGGCAAUUGAUGAGUUUACAGUUGGAAAUUUCGACGCGUGGCGUGCCCACCUUACGGCAAUUACCUGGAUGAUCGAGAGGAGAGGCGGUGUUGACGCCUUGGGGGUCGGUGGAUUUCUAAAAGAGGUCAUUGUAAAUACGCCUAUAUUCUACGAGUAGCAAUAUCGGCAACUUGCCUGAGAUGAGGCACACAAGGGCGUGCUCGGCGUUGAAGGUGUGCAGUGUAACCAUAAAACCAUAAGCACUUUGAUAUGUCUUUUCUCGGUGGAGAUGAAGACCCUGUUUGCUAUUCGUACGGACAUUACUCUACUCCUCUGGCUAAGCAUAAUUUCCGAAUAGGAAAAUGAAUACACUUCAAAUAUCGACAACCGAUCGAUCUCAUAUUUCGACCAGACUCCAUUAGGUUUGGCGGA